CGCUUCGCCACUCUAGGCCUCUCUUCUCUUCCCGUGCUUUCCUUACCUUCCCUUCAUUUGGUAAUUGUUGUUUGUCUUGGAGCAAUCGAAUUUGUCUUUCGGAGCGCGCUGUUGUUGCGAGCGAGGCCAUUGCUGCUUGUUUUUCUUGCUAACAGUGCCGACAUGCUUUCCGUCCUCUGUUGAGAGUAAAUCGAGCUGCCUGGCUCGCAUUAGGUGAACGGGACAUUGUUUUGUAACGGUGGUCAGCAUGGAGUUCUUGCUGAAACACACUGCGUUUCUAACCCAAUGGUAUCUAGGGAGGUUGGAGGACCAGAGGAACGGCAAAAAAACAAUGGGUGGGAUGUGGGCUUACCUAACAGGAAGUCCUGGCCCAAGUGGCUUUGGAUCGCGUUCCACUGCGGAAGAUGUCACUGCUGGGAUCAAUCUCAGCUCCAAGACGAUCAUCAUAAGUGGAGCAACUUCAGGGAUUGGGAAGGAGGCAGCUACCGUGUUGGCCAAAAGAGGGGCUCACAUAGUUAUGGCCAUACGCAAUCUGUCAACUGGAGAGGAAGUCAAGGCAGCAAUUAUGGAGGAAACCCCUAAUGCUCGGGUGGAUGUUAUGAAGCUUGACCUCGCAUCUUUGGCAUCAGUCCGACAAUUUGCUGAAGAAUUCAAAGCACGAAAACUUCCCCUCAACAUUCUCAUAAACAAUGCAGGUUAUAUGUCAGGCCGGUUUGAGCUAUCAAAAGACGGACUGGAGAAGGUUUUUGCUACAAAUCACAUAGGCACUUUCCUUCUGACGAAGCUUCUACUUGAUACUUUGAAAUCUACUGCCGAGGAGACUGGAGAGGAAGGUCGUAUAGUGAAUGUUGCAUCAGAGGCUCAUAGAUAUGCCUACAAGGGAGGGGUUGUCUUUGAUAAGCUGAACGACUCAACCAGAUAUCAAUCAAACAUGGCUUACGGACAGUCUAAACUAGCUAAUAUUCUGCAUGUAAAGGAGCUCGCAAAGCAAUUGAAGGAAAAGGGAAUAAAUGUUACAGCUAACGCACUUCAUCCCGGUGUUAUUUCCACAAAUUUUGGGAAGGGGCAGAGCUUCAUAUUCAGUGAUGCAGCGUUGUCCCUAGUCAAGUUUGCUCUGAAAACAGUACCUCAGGGUGCUGCAACUACAUGUUAUCUUGCCACGAGUCCUCAGGUCAAUGGAGUGUCUGGACAAUACUUCAAAGAUUGCAACAUCUACCCAUAUGUCUCGUCAUACGCUAAUGAUCCAAAGCUAGCAGCAAAGUUGUGGGAAUUCAGCGAGGAAUUUGUCUCCACACACUGAAGGGCUUUUUCUUAGAGAGCGAGACUAUUCAGAGAUAGACAUAUGUUCAUGCAAUCUGGUGUAGGAGAAUUUGAUUCUUAGAGUUUCAGGAUGGGACUUUUCCAGAUGUGUAUACUUAUUCUUCUGUAGAUGUCGACAAUAAAAAUAGGUACUAGGUUUCAUACCACAUUGAGUUUAUAGAACAGUGUUGGGAAAAUUGUAGCACGUUCUGGUUUUGUAGUAUUCUCAAGCACGACUUUCAUGUUGAAGACAGUGGAUAGUUUUUAGGUAAAUCGAUUGCAGAAGAUUUAGGGGAAAAUAAUCAGUGCUUCACUAACAUCACUUUUUGUGGUGUUUGACGCUGAUGAUGUACAACCUUAAUUCUUGAAAUUGUUCAGAGUUGGUCAAGAUAGGUUUCUACACAGGA